AUGGAUACAAUCAAAAUUGAAUGGAAGAAACAAUCUGGUGAAGCUCACAUUUUGCCUAACAGACAAUAUAUUCAACAACAGUCGAUUCUCAAACUAGAUAGUCAAGAAAAAAAACCUAAGAAAAAAAAAGUUCAAUUCAAGUUUCGUACAUCAACUUCUAAAGUAGAGGCAUUUGAAAAUACAGAACAUAACCAUACAAAAACACAUCGAUUACAAGGAUCACUUUUCGAUGAUCAUGAUUAUACUUCACGAUCAAAAAAUGGCUUCACUACUGAAUUGGUAGAAACCGAUGAUAAACAAACUUGUAGUACCCGAUCAAAAAUUGUUACAACUAUUAUUAUAAUGAUCAUUAUUGUAACUGUGGCUAUUGUUAUCGGUGUAGUAGUUGGUGUUUCCAAGACUCAAAAAAUUUCAGUGUCAACAACAACUUUAGUGAGUAGUAUUAGUAUAGGAAAUCAAAGUGGACCACCUUGUUCAUCAUAUACAACCAUUGAUGAUCCAUCACGAAAUAUCGCUCAAUCGUCAUUAUACGCUUUGUGUGAUAGGGGAUCACCAUUCAAUACGAGUAAUGGUGGUUCUUGGAUUCGAUUUAUUGGUACUGGUGGUACUAUACUUCCAUUAACAGCACCAGCUCAAGGUCGCUGUGGUGCUUAUAUGGUAGGGUGGUUCAAUGGGACGUUACCAACAACAGUGAAUACUGCAGUAAACGGAACAGCAUGCUUUUCAAUGAAUUCAGUUCCUUGCCCUUUCUCCGUCUUUAUAUUAGUAAUGAACUGUAGUGGCUUCUAUGUUUACUUUUUACCACCUGCACCUGCUUGUAAUGGACGCUAUUGUACAACAUGA